UUGAUUUUUUUGAUAUAAAGUUUGUUUCGUAAUAAUUUUAGUACUUUUGCCCAAUUUCUUUAAAAAAAUGUGAUGAUUAUAUGUUAGUAUGAAAUUGCUUGUGAAUACUUACUGACUUAGUAAAUGACUCUCUUGUCCUAAGUUAACCUCGAAUAGGACUGUUUUAUCACUUUCGCCAAAAUUUAAAAAAAUGGCUCUUUGUAAUGGACUCGCCUUUAAAUUAUUAAAAUCAGUCAGUCUGAGAAGCCUAGGCACUCAGACUGCUCAAGCCGUGAAAAUACAGGAAGAAGUAUUACAAACAUUUCGUACUAAUGAAAACAAUCCUGCUAAGCAUACAAAGCAACAUUUGGGUAGAUAUUACACUGUCCCGCCAAGUGACAUUGUACCAAUUAUUGGCGAUGGUGAAAUGCCUCUUACUCCUAUAAAAAAGGAGAUAAAAACUUUCAUGCAGUGGAAUAUUUUAAUCAGAAAACCAGCACUUGAAAUCAUAAGUUAUCUGUCUCAAACUGAUUACAGCAAACCUGUGAACAAAUAUGUUUUGUUUGGAGAAGACGGCACUGGCAAAACAUUGAGUUUGUUACAUGUAAUUCAUUAUGGCUACGUCACAAAGAAAUUGAUAAUUUAUAUACCAUGGUUACAAGAAUGGUACAGAUUUCCUCGAGAAUGUGCCAAUUCAGAAACAAAAGAAGGUCUAGUGGAUUUACCAAUUGAUGCUGCUAAAUUACUACUGAAUUUUAGAAAUAUUAAUGCCUUGCUACUUUCUAAAAUAGAUAUAAAGCUGUCUAAAGAUUAUGUAUUUGGUGUUGAUACUUUUCAUAAAGAUGCACCUAUAACUGAGAUGGUAGAUUUUGGUAUUAGUAGGAUUAAAUAUGCCUGUGAUGUUAUAGAUACCUUAUUCAAUGAAAUCAAACUAGCCAGUAUUGCAGGAAAAUGCAAUACAUUAGUAGCAGUUGAUGGAUACAAUGCAAUUUAUUCUAAAACUACAUUUGUUAAAGAUGAUAAUAAACAAAAAGUACCAGCUUCAAGGGUAUCUUUAACCCAAUCUCUCUUAGAAUUGACAAAAUCUGAUUGGUGUAAUGGACAAAUCGUACUUACAGUAGAUCAAAAGGCUGUUAAAGAUAACCGAGAAUCACACCUUCCACGGUAUUUGCUCGCAAAAGAAGGUUUUAACCAUUUAGAUCCAUUUUUACCAGUUGGUGUUGAAAAUUAUACCCAAGAUGAGUUUGACACUGUUAUGGAAUAUUAUAAAAAUAGAAAGUGGAUAAGAAAUAUUAGUGAAGAAGGACUGAAAGAAUUGAGAUUGGUAUGUGGUAGUAAUCCCUACAGACUAAUGGAUUAUUGCAAGGAUUUAUAAAAAGUCUAGUUUCAUACA